AUGUGGUGGGGAAAGCCUCAAGACAAGCCCGCAGCGUCUGCGGACAAAGCCGCAGACAGCCCUCCACCUACAACUGCGAAAGCCACGGGAGCAUUCGAUCCCGACAAGCUCCCCGAGCACAGGAAGCUGCCGGCCUCACUGCAAAAAAUCGCAAAUGAUUCAGACAAAGACGAGAACUUCUUUGACGAGCUCGUCGACGGCUACGCUCCCGAAUCGACCGAGUCCAACGUUCGUUACGCAGCCUACGCCACCCGAGUGCGCACGAUCCUGAGCUCCGCGCACCGCUAUGUAGCCUACACAUCCGAUAUUGGCGAGUCAUUCCGGCCCGUGGCGCAUCCCAAUUUUGUGCGCGCUGCCUACGGUAUCUCGUGGCUCUACAUUUUGGGUGAUGUGAGCUACGAGGGCUACAAAUCAUAUUUGCACAACCAGCGCACACUCAACCCUGCACUGCAGCUUACGGAGCGACAAGAGCACAUCUCGGGCCUCAAAUCCGUAGAUGCAACUGAGCAGACUCCUCUGCAGGCCGGCACGGUCGCUCCUUUGGAGGACUACCGCACCGUUAUGGUGCAGAGAGCCAUUUUUCAGAGCCUCGCAAGUAUGGGCUUACCUGCGUUCACCAUACACAGCGUUGUCCGUUACUCUGGACGAGCGAUGAAGAACAUGAAGAACACGAGAAUCAGAACGUGGGGUCCCAUCGGCCUCGGCCUUGCGGUCGUCCCAGCACUACCCACGCUGUUCGACGAGCCAGUGGAGAAUGCUGUAGAGUGGCUGUUCCACAAGGGCUUUGAGGCGUAUGGUGGGAAGCAGUACGUUGGUGAUGCGCCAACAACUGGGCGCGAGGAUUUGCUGGUAAAGAAGCCAACCAAGGAGAAGGAACUAUAA